AUGCGUGGUCUGGUGCAGUUUAUCGCAGAUCUGCGGAAUGCACGAGCAAGAGAAUUGGAGGAGAAGAGGAUAAAUAAGGAGUUAGCGAACAUUAGGCAAAAAUUCAAAGACGGAAACCUCAGUGGUUAUCACAAGAAGAAAUACGUGUGCAAGCUUCUCUAUAUAUACAUCCUCGGUUGGAAUGUCGACUUUGGACAUCUCGAAGCGGUCAAUCUUAUUUCUGCGAACAAAUACUCGGAGAAGCAAAUCGGCUACCUUGCAAUGACCCUCUUCCUUCACGAACAGCACGAAUUACUGCAUCUGGUGGUAAAUAGCAUACGAAAGGAUCUGAUGGACCAUAAUGAACUAUUCAAUUGCUUGGCAUUGCAUGCUAUUGCAAAUGUUGGUGGUAGAGAAAUGGGAGAGGCACUCAGUGGCGAGGUUCACAGACUUCUGAUAUCUCCGACUUCCAAAGCAUUCGUCAAGAAGAAGGCUGCUCUGACUCUUCUCCGACUUUACCGCAAGCACCCAGAUAUCGUCCAGCCCCAAUGGGCUGAACGGAUCAUUUCUCUAAUGGACGAUGCUGAUAUGGGCGUGGCGCUGUCCGUUACCUCCCUCGUUAUGGCCCUUGCUCAAGACCAGCCGGAACAGUACAAGGGAAGCUAUGUCAAGGCUGCCGCGAGAAUGAAGCGAAUAUUGGUAGAUGGUGAAUAUGCUGCAGAUUACCUCUAUUACAAGGUGCCUUGUCCCUGGAUUCAAGUCAAACUGCUGAGAUUAUUGCAGUAUUAUCCACCUUCAGAGGACACACAUGUUCGGGACCUGAUUCGAGAAUCACUACAAAAAAUCUUGAAUCUGGCCUUGGAAAUGCCAAAGAACGUGCAACAGAACAAUGCCCAAAAUGCCGUUCUUUUUGAGGCCAUUAACCUGAUAAUCCACCUUGACACCGAACAAGCUCUAAUGAAGCAGAUAUCCACGAGAUUGGGAAAAUUCAUCCAGUCAAGGGAGACCAAUGUCCGAUAUCUUGGAUUGGAAGCCAUGACACACUUGGCCGCAAGAGCCGAGACCCUGGAUCCCAUUAAGCAGCAUCAAGCAAUCAUCAUUGGAUCCUUGAAAGACAGAGAUAUCAGCGUUCGACGGAAGGGCCUCGACUUACUGUACAGCAUGUGUGAUCAGACGAAUGCUCAGCCAAUUGUUGGAGAGCUUCUUCAAUAUCUGCAGAAUGCCGAUUUUGCUAUUCGGGAAGAGAUGGUGCUCAAAAUUGCUAUUCUGACGGAGAAAUAUGCCACAGACAUUCAGUGGUACGUGGAUAUAUCGCUGCGAUUGAUUGCAAUGGCAGGAGAUCAUGUCAGUGACGAAGUAUGGCAGCGAGUCAUCCAGAUCGUCACCAACAAUGAAGAACUCCAAGUAUAUGCUGCACAAAACAUCUUGCAGUAUGUCAAAGCGGACCACUGUCAUGAAACACUCGUUAAAAUUGGAGGUUACAUUCUUGGCGAAUUCGGCCAUCUGAUCGCGGAUGACAAGGGCGGCAGCCCAAUCGAGCAGUUUCUUGCCCUCUAUGGGAAGCUUCAAGGCUGUUCGUCAGGCACGAGAGCGAUUAUCCUCUCAUGUUUCAUUAAAUUCGUCAAUCUCUUUCCCGAAAUCAAGCCUCGAAUCAUGUAUGUUUUCGAAACAUACAGCUAUACUCUGGACUCAGAGCUUCAACAACGAGCAUGCGAAUAUCUUGCAUUAGCCCGUCUACCGACUGAUGAUCUCCUUCGAACUGUCUGCGACGAAAUGCCACCUUUCCCCGAACGGCAAUCUGCCCUUCUAUCGCGGCUUCAUCAGAAGCAUGCAAAUACAAGCGACAAGCGAACUUGGGUUGUGGGAGGAAAAGAUGCGAAUGCCAACGAAAGGGACUUCACCCUUUCAAAGAAUCCUGGUCUCAAGCGGGCCUUCAGCAGCGCGAAUGGCCGUAUGCCACAAUCCAAUGGAGCCGCAAAUGGAACGAACGGAAUGAAUGGCUAUUCGGGGGUUACAAAUGACCUCGCUGGCCUGAACAUGAAUGAUGCAGGCCCUUCAGAACCAAAGACCCUCAAAGUUCCCAAUUUGGCCAGUGCUGCUCAUCUAUCACCAGACUGGGAGAUUGGUUACAACAAGCUGCUAUUGAAAGGGGAGGGCGUUCUUUACGAAGAUGGCCAAAUUCAAAUUGGAGUGAGGUCUGAAUACCGAAGUCAAAUGGCAUGCGUCAUUCUCUACUUCUCUAACAAGGCUCCUACUGCAGUUACCUCUUUCACCACAACCUUGGAUCUGGAGCCAGCUGAGAAGGAGAAUCUGAGUUGGGAGGUUAAAGGCUUACCAGAAAGCACCAUCCACGAAGGAGCUCAGAGUCAGCAAAUGAUUAUGUUCGAGGCCAAGAAGGUCUUCGACAAGAGCCCAACAAUCAGAAUCAGCUAUUUGGCUGGAGCACUGCAGGCGCUUACUCUCAAGCUGCCAGUGGUGAUACACAAGUUUAUGGACCCGGCUGAACUUACUGCUGAUGAUUUCUUCAAGCGGUGGAAGCAGAUUGGUGGUGCUCCACGAGAGGCUCAACGUAUAUUUGGGGUCAAAGGUGGAAAGGAUGGCGGUCGUGAAUUCAAUGACUCGUUCAUUCGAGAGACGGUCGAGGGUUUCCGAUGGGGAGUUCUGGAUGGCGUUGAUCCGAACAAGAAGAACUUUGUUGGUGCGAGUGUGUUGCACACUGGUGACGGCGGAAAAUUCGGGUGUUUGUUGAGACUGGAGCCCAAUUAUGGGACUCAGAAGGUUCGCCUUACGAUCCGAGCCACGGAUGAGAGUGUCUCUCCGAUCCUGAUCAAGCUCAUGGAGGAGCGACUUGCGAUUGGUGUAUCUACGGCGCCAGAAACCACUGAGGCUCCUACCUUCCGGGACAUUUCGGAUGCAUUUGGGAACGUUCUCGUCCCGUAA